AUGAAUAGUAGCAAUAGUGAUAGUACAACCACUACUACAUCAUCGUCAUCAUCAGGAGGAGCGGCAUUGAAUGAAUUGAAAGGAGGCCAAAAUCAUACAACGUUUUCUACACAGCCACAACAGCACCAUCAUCCACCAUUCCAUCAUCACCAGCAACGCAACAAUUAUGCACCCACACCACCCAGUGACCUCUUGUAUCAUCAUGCCGGUUCUGGGUCGUCGUCUUCUUCUAUAUCAGCAACAGGAAUUGCAACGACAACGACGAAUGCGGCCAACAUCAUAGGCAGCAGUGGCAACAACACUUUUGGCUCAAUUAACAAAAUGACAGCAACAGUUGAUGGUGGUGGUGGUGGCGGUAAUGGUGCAGGCAGUGUCAACAACACUACAAUCAUACCAAGUGCCAACAACACAAAUGUCAUGAGUCCAACAACCAAUAAUACCAGUAGCACAACCACGAACAGUGGCGGCAACAUACCCGAUUAUGAUAACAGGCAAUCGAUAAAUAAUGGUGGUGGGGUUGGCGGUGGCAUAUCUAUGGGAGGCAAUGGUGGAGGUGGUAGUGUUAUUGCUGUUGCUGGUAAUCCAACUGUUGGUGGUGGUAGUGGUGUCUUUUCUAAGCCCCAAGAACGUUAUGUCUGGGAAAUGCGUGCGCGCAGUCCAAAUGUAACACCAGCCAGUACCGUACUUAAUUCACCAGAUCUUAAUACAGAUAUGCAGUACAGCAUACAUCCUCAUCAGAGACAGUUGCAGCAAAUACGUGUUGGCCGUAGUCCGGGUAGUCAAUUUGAACAGCAUAAUAUACUGCCACAGGGUCUUGCCUCACCCGGUUCUCCAACAGAUGUCGGCAAAGCUGAUGGCCAUUGUUUGCGUGAUGGCGAAAUUGUUGUCUUCGAUGACAUCGAUACGAAUUGGAUGAAUAAAUCGAAUAAUUCAUACUCCUCUAAUCAUUCCACAAGUCAACAUCAUCGUGCCGAUUCAUUUCAUGGCAAUGAGGAUAUACUGAAAGUUACUAAAAUGAUUGGCCAAUUACCCAUUGCUGAGUAUGAAGGAUCUCCGCGUCGUUUUGGCAAUCAACAACAGGCUACACAAAAGUCAACUAGUGGUGCUGCAUCUACAGGUACGACAGGUAUAUUACCCAAAAGGCCACCGGGAUUUCCACAACGUGUUUCACCAAUGGCUGUGUUGACACCACAACAACAACAGCAGCAACAUCAGGAAGCAGCACAUGCCCGACACCAACAAAUGCAACAACAACAUCAAUUUUAUGCCCAAGCCACCAGUAGCGGUAGCUGCAGUAGUGCAUCAUUUUUCAACAACAACGAUUCCGCCAAUAACAAAUCGCCAACUGGUAAUCUUAUCGAUAUUGAUGCGGACGAUGAAUUGCUAAACUCCACCAAUACAAAUCAGUCGCACAGCUCAAGUCAUGACUCAACAAAAUCAAAAGUGAAAACACCAACAUUUGAUUAUCUUUAUGAAUUUUCGGAGACACGUAAAGUUUUGGAAGAUUUCUUCAAGGGUAACAACGAUGAUGAAAAACGUUUUACGGAUUUCACUGAAAGUGGUGAUGAUAUGGGUAGUUGUGACACUCAUCAUGAAUAUCAGUCGAGUCAAUUUGGUCACACCAUGGACGAGGAUUUGCAUAUUGAACAAUCAUAUAUUGGACAGCGUUUAGCUAGAAUACCCAAAGAAGAACUGUAUUUGGUACAUCGUUCACCCAAGAAACAGAAACAAAUGGCAACGACGCAGCAGCAGCAAGAGCCUCAACCACAACAUCCACAACAUCAUCAGCAGCAAGAACAUUCCUCUUCUUCGCAGCAGCAGCACAAUCAACACCACCAGUCGCCAUGUGACAAUAUUCUGUACAAUGACAACAACGACAUUGAAUUGUAUAUCGAUUCGAAUAGUCGAAGCAGUGGUGAUUUAGCCGAUACCGAAUUGGAAGCAAAUUUACGACAUCAUUCGCGCAAUUUCACAUUGUCGCCGGAGACAACUGAUUACGAUUCGAAUUGUGGUGAUUUGGAUAGUCUAUCGAAUGAUAUUAAUUGUAGCACAGACUAUGGCAAGCUAUACACUAGUAUGCCAGUGCUAGAGGACGGGCUGUCAAGUGGUCACGCAUCGGAUACGGAAAAUAAUUGUCAAAAAUACGAUUCGAACGGUGGCAGUGGUAGUAGCGGUGGCGAAGGUGGUGGCAGCAUCAGUAACAACGGCAGUGGCAGUCAUAACGGCGAUAGUUUGGAAAUAAAUGAAAAAUUGCAACAGCAACAACAACAGCAGGAAAUGUUGGAACAAAAUAAAUACAAUAAUAGCUUGAAGCAAGAGUGCAUGGAUAAUAAUUGUAGUGCAAAUAAUUUAAUUACCAAUCUGGUGGAUUUGGAUGACGAGGGGCUGUUGAUGAGUGGACGUCUUAGUGGCAGUGGGGGAGGUGUUGGUGGCGAUGUAGUUAGUGGUAUGCGUGGCCUUUGCCUUUCUGGUGGUGAUGGCGAUUACAAACUGCAGCAACAACAACCUCACUGUUUGGACUUAAUAAAUACCUCAGAUAAUAAUUGCUGUAACAAUGAUAGGUCAGCGUAUGAACCGAUUUACGCCACAGUUAAUAAGCAACAACAGCAACAACAUCAACAAUCACCUCCACCACCGCCUGCACCACAACCACACCGUCCACAGCUACAGCAACAAUUGCAGUCAACCCAACAAUCAGCGAUGCGUCAUCUAAAACACCCUGGUCGUGCGGAAUCAGUUGAAAUUCAAGAAGCUAUGAAAGAAAUACGUUCCGCCCUUCAACGAGCCAAAACUCAACCAGAAAAAUUAAAAUUCUGCGAUGAAGUAUUACCACCCGAUCCCGAAUCGCCAAUAUGGGUACCACGUAAAGGCAAUGAGGAGGGUGGCAAUGCUGCGGCGGGUAUAUUAGUCGAUGGUGGUGUUGGUUGUGGUGGAGAUAUUAUUGGCGGUACAAUUAUGGAUUCGAAUAAAUUGCAAUGUGAUGAAGAGGAGCCGGAUACAGAUUUGGAAACUGAUCGUUUACUGGGUCAGCAGCGUAACGAUGAACAGGAUUUCUUUGAUGAUAAAACAAUAUGGCCUAAAACAUCGCGUAUUGGUUCUGCCAUCAAUUCCAGUGGUGAUCAUUCGCCGACCACAUCAGAUAUUGCAAAAACCCUACAUGUAAAGCCACAAUUUUCUUCAGCCACCAUACGACAGGGUAUUGGCACAUCACUGACACCCAAUUCGCCAGAGCAUUGUCAAAUGGUAGGCGGUAACGAGAUACCAAUGACAACACCCGAGAAGAUAACAUAUACCAAAAGUCCAACGGGAUCUAUAAAAUCCCUAAAGGAUUCAGCGAAUAGUGAUAAAAAAGCUAAAUCUCGCAACAAAGAGGGUUGCUUUUUGGAUCCGGCAGUGUUGAUAGAAGGUGUUCUCUUUCGUGCACGUUACUUGGGCUCAACCCAGCUGGUGUGUGAGGGUCAACCAACAAAAUCGACACGUAUGAUGCAGGCCGAGGAGGCAGUAUCACGUAUUAAGGCACCCGAGGGUGAAAAUCAACCCUCCACCGAAGUGGAUCUAUUCAUAUCAACGGAGAAGAUAAUGGUCUUAAAUACCGAUCUUAAAGAGAUCAUGAUGGAUCAUGCUUUGCGUACCAUUUCCUACAUUGCCGAUAUUGGUGAUUUAGUUGUAUUAAUGGCACGCAGAAGAUUUGUCCACUCGGAUCCUUGUAAUUCCACUGGUGGUUCAGGUGGCGGUGGUAAUACAGAUUCGGCGGAUAAUUCAGCUGCUGCCAACGGCGGCGGCGGUAAUACCACCACCAAUGGCAAAGACAAGGAAUCCAAAGAUACAACUACCUCUGCAACAUCAACUGCUGCAUCAUCGAACAACAAACAUAAUCGUACCCCAAAAAUGAUAUGCCAUGUCUUCGAAAGCGACGAAGCCCAGUUUAUUGCCCAAUCAAUUGGCCAGGCGUUUCAGGUGGCCUAUAUGGAAUUCCUCAAAGCCAAUGGCAUCGAAAAUGAAAAUCUAGCCAAAGAAAUGGACUAUCAAGAAGUUUUGAAUAGCCAAGAAAUUUUCGGUGAUGAAUUGGAAAUUUUUGCGAAAAAAGAACUGCAAAAGGAAGUGGUUGUGCCCAAGGCGAAGGGGGAAAUAUUGGGCGUUGUCAUAGUUGAAUCUGGCUGGGGCUCGAUGUUGCCCACUGUGGUCAUUGCCAAUUUGAUGUCUGGUGGAGCGGCUGCACGUUGUGGCCAAUUAAAUAUCGGCGACCAGCUGAUCGCCAUAAAUGGUCUUAGCCUGGUGGGACUGCCACUGUCGACGUGUCAGAACUAUAUACGUAAUGCUAAGAAUCAAACAGCUGUUAAGUUUACUGUUGUACCAUGUCCUCCGGUGGUGGAGGUGAAAAUAUUGCGUCCUAAAGCAUUAUUCCAAUUGGGUUUUAGUGUUCAAAAUGGUGUGAUUUGUAGCCUUUUACGCGGUGGCAUAGCGGAAAGAGGUGGAGUACGCGUUGGCCAUCGAAUUAUUGAAAUAAACAAUCAGAGUGUUGUGGCAGUGCCUCAUGACACUAUAGUUAAGCUCUUGUCAUCGUCCGUGGGAGAGAUUCUAAUGAAAACAAUGCCCACUUCCAUGUUUCGUUUAUUAACGGGUCAAGAGACGCCCAUCUAUAUUUAAAUCUCUCUCUAUCUAUUUAUAUAUACAUACGAAAACAAAAACAAAUAAUUAUAAUUAUAUAAAUUAUUCAAAUUAAG